AUGCCAGUGUCAGGGGAAGGCCUGGGCGACGACGACGACGACAACGGUGCUCCAUCUGGCCCUCCAUUUAAUCCUCCUCUCAACAUUCAGCGUGCACACAAAGUUCUUGAGUUGUUAGAAAAGCAUAACUGUCGUUCCUUUAUUGAUGCUGGAUGUUCCCGCGGGGAUUUGCUACGUUUUCUACUUUUUUCUCAGUUACGUGAGCAUUCUUUCUCUAAUGUUGUGGCAAUUGAUAUGAACGAAAACUUACUUAGAGAAGCUAGUCGCACUGCACCACCAUCAGUCUCUUUUAGUUUGGUAGCGUUGCUACACCCUAUGCAGGUGGACUUCAUUCUGGGUGAUCUCACAAGGCCACCAAAACUCUCAUCUAAUGGAAAUAAUACUAAUGAACCGAAAACAUUGGAAUCAGACAUAUCAUUUCCCUUAGUAUCUUCACAUUUUGACGCCAUUAUUUCUAUUGAAGUUUUGGAGCACAUAAAUCCAGAAGAUGUUCCAGUGUUUACCGAAGUUCUCUUCGCUCACCUCGCGGCAAAAUGUGGAGCACGGAUUAUUAUUAUCACAACGCCCAAUCGGGAUCGUAAUGUGACCAAAACUAAAGAGAGAAAUAAUGAUGAUUUGCAAGCCGAUUCUAUUCGUUCUUCAAAUUCUUUUUGGGUAUCUGGUGUACCAUACCAAGUUAGGAACGCGGAUCAUAAAUUUGAGAUGAGUGCUACCCAGUUUAGACAUUACUGCGAUUAUGUGGUAGAAGCCUACCGACCGUUUGUGACCUCAUACAGAGUUUUUGGUGUAGGAGGUCAUUUUACCCAAGGGGCUGUGUUUUUUACUAAAUUAUAUCCAUCUGAUUCUCUCUCUCAUACUGACAUGAAACAUCUUAACUUUCGUUCUGAAAUACCUAAAAAAUCUGUUUCUCGAAGUCGAAAUUAUUUAGGGCGACAACAAGGAUUGUGUAUUCCAUCGGAUUUGAAUAAUGACGCAAUUAAUAUUUCUUGGGUCCACGAUAUCGAUAGUCGAACCCGUUUAUUUCCUUGGGAUGCUAUUUUUGGAGAACUGUCUGAGCAACCUGAUAAUUUUAAAACAUUGCUGUACAGAACUCCAUUUAACUACCGCUUACUCGUCUCAGUGAAGGUUCCUCAUCUUUCUUUGUGGGAAAGGAUUGAAGUUGUUGUGAGGGAAAGCUUUUCCGCCGCUGCAUGUAAGAUUGGAGGGAGUAACAGGAGGUAUACCAUCAAGUUAAGAUUUGGUGAUGUGGUAAAAUCACAUAAUUACCGAUUGAUUGAACCAUUUAAUGCAAGUUUAUGUGCAUUAAUUAGUACAUUACUUGAACAAGAGAAACGGUAUAAAAAAGAGGCAGAACGUAAGACAUAUCUUCUUUCAACACCUGUUGUAUUUCAAGUUCGUAUUGCUCGGGGUAUCUAUUCACUUCUUCAUUGGUUUCUCCACAAACAUUGGGGCAAUGAUAAACUAUAUAUUUACCUUCAGAAUGACAAAUAUGGUUCUGCAAAGGAGACACUAUCUCAAGAUGAAAUUCUUAUUAUAUUGUUUUUGGUUACUGCUGGUUUGCUGAAAGAGGUUAUGGUAAAUAUUUCUUUUUGGCUGCAAGGAGCUUGCCGGAUAAAGGAUAGAUCAGGGCGGAGCUUCACAGAUUGUAAAGAGGAAAAUACAAAUGAAGAGCCAACAAACAAGAUCAAUGUAUCUUCAGUUGAUCAUAAGUGGCUCAAUCGUCUGGCCAACUCCCUUUCAGACUGUCAAAUACCUGUGCAUCCUUUUCUAGCCAAUUAG